AUGUUGAAAGCCGGGGAGUAUUCACCCAACAACCCGCUGGUCCGCGGAGAACGCGCCUCAGGCGACGUGCUGCUAGGACUCGGGGAAUACGAGCGACGACGACAAACAUUACGAAGAAUACGUCAGCAGCAGUAUAGAGAAUACCUGGACCAGCAAGCUAAAAAGAAACAGGAAGAAAAAGAGCAAGCUGAAAGAGAGAGACGGGAACGUGAACAGCGAGAAAGGGAAUACGAUGAGAGCGAGAGAGCUCGCGAAGAGAGGGACAGACAACAGAGGGAGCGAGCGUUAGAGCAGACAAGACGAAGUCCCGAACGACGGAGAUCCAGUGUCAGUUAUACUGCUACACAGACAUAUAGGAACAAAGUAGACACUGGAGUACAAGUAAGCAGCGUCACAACUCCGCUGUCGGUCGCUGUACAAACUGAUGAUAUAGAUUUUUAUGAGUUAUCAUCAUCGAAAUGCCAGUUGACUGAAGCGGAACGUGAGUUGUCCCCUCACACUGUGAUAACCAAUGACGAGAAACAAAUAGAACCCAUACACAACGCGCAGCACAGGAGGAGAAGCUGCGGAGAUCAUAAUGAACGUUCCCCGGUGCUGAGGAAACCGAACCAGAAGUUGCAGACCGUUUACAUGCCCUCCAUAUUCGAUGCAGACGCGAUACAAAUAAGGAACAUGCAAGUAGAGAAGGAAGCUGCAGCUCGUCGUCAGUUCUAUCAGCAAGAGUUAAAAAACCAAAUAAUGGAACAGCAGCGGAUAAGGGAGGAAAGAAAAGCCAGGGAGAAGAUGUUGGAACAAGCGGAGAUGAGACGUCUCGAGGAACAAUUGAAGAUGUUGCGCGCCGCACAGGAACAAGAGAAGGGUAAACAUAGAGAAAUGGAUAUCACUAUGAAGAAAAAUGCUAUAGAAUACGAUAUUAAACGCACGGAACUUCAGAAAGAAAUAGAUUAUGAACAACGAAAAUUGAUUCGGACCCCAUUAACGCAUCACCCUCCACAGAAACGCGUGGAGACCUCCAAAAGCGAAGGCACGAGAUUGCCUUUCUACUAUCCAAGCGUGCCAGAGAGGAAUUUCACAUACGACACCAAGUAUUCAACUAAUGAAGAAACACCUUACGUUGAUAUACAGCAAAAUUUAAUAUUCGCCCCCACUUACGAUGUCGACAGUUACUUGAGGAGAAAUUUGAAUUUCAGAGACAAUAUAGAUCGGUUCGAUAUAGAAAACAUCGGUGCGGAAAAGGAAAAACGAACCGAAAGGGUUUUAGUACACGAUAGACCGAAACCUAAAGCUGAGAAACGUCAACAAUUAACACAUCAAUCAUCUAUAGAUUCACUACCUAUACCUGUUUUACGACAUUCGCCUUUAGUGCAAAGUGAUAAAGUUGGGAACAAUAUGAGUGAUGCUAUGAAGAUAGUGGACGAUAAGUGGAAAGUGCCUGUGGUUCAGAAGAACAUAUUGAAGUCUGUACCGAACGAUGAAGGUAAGAAUGUCAGUAUAUUAACACAGCUCGGUUCUAUAAGACGACAAUUACAGUUAGAACAAUUGAAGUUAGAUAAAAUGUCCGAAGAUGGGGAGUAG